UUAUACAACCUUUGUGCAAUCUGGAGCAAAAGAAUUUCUUCCCUUACACCGCCCUGUGAGUGCAACUCAAGAGAGGCACGGCGUAAAGAAGAGCCAUCACCUUAAACGCUUCUGUCAGGCAGGAAAGAAUUGCUCUAAUGCAUAUUUUGGCUCUGUUUCCUCUGGUGGCUGUAGACCAACUGUGAACAAUCAGGUUUUCAUCAUGGGGGACAUGAAAACUCCAGACUUCGAUGACUUGCUGGCUGCUUUUGACAUUCCUGACCCAACCAGCCUUGAUGCCAAGGAAGCCAUACAGACAGCUGGCGAGGAGAAUGAAAACCAUCUCAAGCAAUCAGGGAUUUGCAUAGAAGAGAAUGCAUCCUUGUCCCACGCAGCACCAGCUUCUGAUGUUCCAGUUGUGAGUGUCAUUGUGAAGAACACAUGCCGACAAGAGUCAUUUGAAGCAGAAAAGGAAGGCAACCACCUAGGACAAGGCCUGCUGCACAAUGGAUUCCGGGGGUCUGAUCUGCCGCUAGAGACUCACAAUUAUGGGAAAUUUGAUUCUGGUUUCAUUAAUGGUGAUGGCUUGAGGAACUAUCCAGAAAAGUUGGAACAGUCAAAGUCAGAGCCCUUACCAACUUUCAGUCAGUUCAGCCCCAUCUCCAGCCCUGAGCCAGAGGAUGCGCUCAAAGAGAAUAGUAUUGUAGAUAAACCUAAACAUGCCCAAACUCCUUAUUUCCCACCGCAUCCAAUGUAUAUCCCAACUGGGUCAUCUGUGCUAGAUCUGCUUAGUAGGACCUUGCCAGAACCAGAGUUUAGUAGAUUCAUGUCAACUGGGCCAUCACUGCUUGAUCUGCUUAGUAAGAAGAUACCAGAACCAGAGUUAAGCAUGUUUGAUCAAUACUGUAAAAGAGAUCCAAAGAUAGAUGUGCAUGGAGUGCAAGAAAGUAGGGUGGAUGCAAGCAAGAUGGAGCGUGAAAAGAGCCCCGAGAAACAGGAAGCACCCAGCAAAGAUCUUGUGGACACAAACAGCUUCCUCGGUGAAGGUUUACUGCUUGGCAACUUCCAUAGCAAUAACUUGGGUGAAAGUAAAGGAUCUGUGCCUGAAAUGAACUUCUCAUCAUCAUCAGUCCCACCUCGCCAACGUAUCAAACCUGCCCACUCCAAGCUCUCCUCUUGCGUUGCUGCCCUUGUAGCCCUUCAGGCCAAAAAAGUCGCAGGAAUCUCGAAGGAGGAUCAGGCAAAUACAGCAAAAGAGUCUUCUGGCCCCUUUAAGGAUGGCAUCAAGGGAAGCCCCAAAAUGCCCAAGUCACCAAAGAGUCCCAAAAGCCCCCUGGAGAUGGUGAGAAAGGUCAACAAACAACCUGAGUCUCCCCGGAGUGUGUGCAGCGACAGCAGUAGCAAAGGCUCUCCAUCUGUGGCAACUGGCUCCCCCCCAGCAAUCCCGAAGGUCAGGAUCAAGACUAUCAAAACCUCUUCAGGUGAAAUUAAACGAACGGUAACCAGGAUCCUGCCAGAGGUGGAUGACUUUGGCAAAUCUCCUCAAGAAUCGCCCAUGGAGAGUUUGGCAACGGAAGAGUUUGUGAAAUCCUUCCCUUCACCAGAAGCAAGUGCAUCCGUGGAAACAGAGUCAUGCAAGGGCUUCGCUAAAGCCGCUACUCAAGAGGCAGAUCUAGCAAGCCCCCAAGUAGACAGUAUGAGUGUAGACAUUCCUGUAAGCAGCACUUCCAGUGCAUCUCUGCUGGCCAGCAGCAGCAGCACCAGCAGCGGGACGAUAAAAGUAGGUAUUGUGGGACAGCCAACGAGCAAGAAGCAGCAGCCUGGUACGGUGACUCAGCCCUGUAACCCUGCCAGCCUCCUUCCUAAAGCUGUGCACCUGGCCAACCUCAACUUGGUUCCCCACAGCGUUGCAGCUUCUGUGGCUGCAAAAUCUUCUGUGCAGCGGCGUGGCCAGUCCCAGCUCACACAGAUGUCUGUGCCACUGGUGCACCAGGUAAAGAAAGCGGCUCCUCUUGUCGUGGAGGCAUUUAACAAAGUAUUGCAUGGUGCCAAUCCUGUGCCAAUAUAUACUCCAAACCUCAGCCCUCCUCUUGACAGCAGUAUUCACGUGCCUGCAUCUGGGUAUUGUUGCCUAGAAUGUGGUGACUCGUUUGCCUUAGAGAAAAGCCUCACUCAGCAUUACAGUAGGAGAAGUGUCCACAUCGAAGUCGUGUGUACUCAGUGUUCGGCAACGCUGCUUUUCUUUAACAAGUGCAGCUUGCUCAAGCAUGCGAGGGAUCACAAGAGCAAAGGCUUUAUCAUGCAGUGUUCUCAGCUGCUCAUGAAACCCAUUUCCUUAGACCAAAUGUUUUCACCUUCUCCGACGAGCUCAUCGACUCAUUCUUCACGUUUGCCCUCCCUUUCGCAUAAGUCUGGCGCAAUGCCAGGAAGCGGGACUGGGAGCUCAACAAAUGCCCAGGCAGCUCUGCCCCUGUACGCCGACCCGCUGAGGCUAAUUCGUCACGGAUUAAAGUGUUUUGAAUGUAAUAAGCAGGCACUGGACUAUGUUGCCCUAGCAGCACAUUACCAGAGAACCUCAGAAGAUAACGAGGGGCUGACUUGUCAAGUAUGCCAGAUGCUGUUGCCUAACAAGUGCAGUUACUGUGCUCAUCAAAGAAUCCAUGCUCACAAAUCUCCUUAUUGCUGCCCAGAGUGUGGCGCCAUUUGCCGGUCGGCCUAUUUCCAAACCCACGUCAAGGAGAACUGCCUUCAUUACUCACGCAAAGUUGGCUACAGGUGCACUCACUGUGGGGUUGUCUUCAUGUCGCAAGCUAUGCUGAAAGUGCACAUUCACGAGAAACACUGUGAAGUCUUCCACAAGUGUUCGUUCUGCCCUAUGGCCUUCAAGUCUGCAGACAGCACCACUGCUCACAUUACUAGUCAGCACCCUGCAGAACCUCAUAAGACAUCUCAGGUGAUCUACAAAUGCUCUUGCGAGACAGUCUUUAACAAGAAGAGGCUUCUGCAGGAGCACUUCCAGCAAAAUGCCAACAGGCUGAUGGUGGGAGUGUUCAAAUGUCCACAGUGUCAGCUGGUCUAUAUGCAGAAACUGCAGCUAAUGCAGCAUGUUAAGAGCGUCCAUGGGGUCCCUGAGAAUCCUGAGGACCUUGCUAGUUUCCGACAGAAGGCGGAGACGGCAGCUAGCAGCAGUGUCCUGCCAGUGUCAAAGGAGCUGUCAAUAAUCAAUGGUACUUCCCAGACCACCUUGCCCGCAAAAGACACGAGCCCAGAAUCAAAGCUCAAGCCAAAACCCUGCAGCUGGACAUGUCGGGAGUGUUCACAGUGCCUCCCUGACCGAGAAUCGUAUGUGUCUCAUAUGAAGAAAAGCCAUGGAAAGAAUGUGAAGAGAUAUCCCUGUCGGCAGUGUGAGCGGUCAUUCAGCACCACCAAUAAUCUGCGCAAACACGUACGCAAUAACCAUGAUACAGCAAAGAAAGUUUACACCUGCUGGUACUGCACAGAUGAAAUUCAGACGUUUCCGCAGCUGUCUAUGCUGGAGAGCCAUAUCAGCCUCAUGCACGGCAUCAAAAACCCAGACCUUUCCCAGAUAUCCAAAACCAAAGCUCCAGCAGAAGACUUGACAAAAGCAAAAUCUCCAAAGAGGGUAUCUGCAGAUGGUUUGGACCAGAUGGAAACUACAGCAUCGGGAUCUGAAGAUCCACCAGCAAAAAAACUGAAAGCACAUUGGAAAUGCGCAAAGUGUGGAUUUGCAACAGCCAUGGAGACUGAAUUUCUGGAACACAUACCUCGGCACAAGACAGACAGCUCCACUUAUCAGUGCCUGCUCUGUGGCUUGUGUUACACAUCUCACAUCUCUUUGAAUAGGCACCUCUUCAUUGUUCACAAAGUGAAAGAUCCAGAGGAGGAGGGGGAGGAAGAGGAACAAGAGGAGCCAGAACAAGAUUAUGAAAAAGAGGGUCUAGAAAUGGAGACAAGCGAGAAUGGACUUGUAGAGAUGAACAGGGAGACAAACAUUGUGGAAGAGGAAGAAGAUGGUUCAAAGAGCAAAGACUCUGAGGGUGAUCCUAUGUCCUGUGACACAGAGAAGCCCAACCCUCAGAACAAACAUUCAAAAUCUCCAAAUAUUUAAGAGUGUGUUUUGCCUCCUUGUAGAUGUUGAUUGGAGAGGGGUGGAGGUGGGGAUUCUUAAACAUGUUGAUUUCAUGGAAUGGGUGCAGCAUUCCAUUCACUUUCAUUAGUAAGGGAAAUCAAAACAACAAAUUGCCACCAUCUCUGGAGCACUGAGUUUGUAACAGUUAUGAGGGGCUAGGGGAAUAGAAUGUGUGAAGAGGAUGCCCAGCUGAACCAUGUCUUGAACCUUCAGGGUAAGGAGCACUUUUCUGCUUUGUGUGAGUGUGUCUUUUUUUCUUCUUCCCCUCCCAGGAACAACAGGAGCACUCUUGUUCCACUAAAGGCAUCAGCCAACAACUCAGCCUCACCUGUUCCUUUUCUUCUUUUUCACAAAGAGCAUUGCCUUUGAAUUAAUUUCCUUGUCCAAGUCUGCCAGACGUUCUCUCCUGGCUGCAAAACUUGUGUUAACUCUUUCUCCCGAGAUGUGAAUCCACUGAGGCUUUCCUGCCCUAAAAUCAUGCCACCCUUUUCAGAUACUCCAUGAAUAUGAUCCAAAAAUCAAAACUAGCUCUCUCUCUUUUUUGGUAAGAGAUUCAAUGCCACUAAAUUUUAGUCUUGUGUGUGUUAAAUUUUGCACAAAUUGGAGUUUUAUCUUCCCAGUAUGUGUGUUUUUGUACACAAUCAUUCUCAGCAUCUUCCCUUUGGGUAGGUGCAUCAUUACAGUGGUGCCUAAAUUGGAGCUUUCUGUGUUCAGAACUGGACCAGGUUGCACUGCAGCUUAUUGCAAGUUAAAAGUAUAAUUUUAUCUGCUUGAGCCAUUGCCCCACAUGCGCACAUGUGACCUGGGAGUAUCGGUGAUAGACAUUCAGUAGUCUAUCACAUAUGUCUCCCGCUGGUCAUAUGGCCUUUAAAUGAGAAUUAGGGCACAUACACGGUGUAAACAUCUGCACCAGUAAAUGUCUGCACAAGUGUCUAUAUCACAAACGUGGGGGGGGGGAGAUGGGGACUGCUUGCUGCCAUGGCUUGCUGCUCACCUAACCUUGCCCACCCAGGCCCUGUGUGAUCCAAGCCAGGCGUUCAAGAUUCUCCCUCGUCAGCUUAGCAUAUUGUUCUGUCUGUGUUUGGUUCCUUCUCUUGCUGUAUCAGCCAGAGCAGGACCAUCCUGUAAGACUUACAAUCAUGUAAAAAGGCACUGCAGGAGAAACAGUAUUCAAGAAAGACCCUACCACCACGCGAUCAGCCUCCUAUCAUUGUUUUGGAAUGGUGCAUUCCAGAUCACACUAUGCCACAGCAAAGUGAGGAUGAGAGAGUGGCUGGUACCUAAGAAGGUUGCUCCAGGAGAUCUCACUGCCCCCACCCUCUUCCAAGUGCUCCCACUCCUUAGCACAUUCUCUCUCUCGCACCCCCCGGCCUUUACUCAGUUAGCUGAAUUGACUCUGCAAUUUUCUUUUCACACUUUUGCAUUGACUGGUCCCCCAUCUGUGCCAUUUCCCCCCACCUCAUGUGUGCUUUUUCCUCAUGCUUCAUGUAAUACUUAACUUUUUUUAUACGGUUUUUAUGUUUUGAGUAAGAACCCUGCUCAUUGUUUACUAUAAAUAAUUUAAAAAAGGAAAAAAAACCCUAUUUAUCUUAUUGCAUUUGAAUUGCUCACUUUCUCGUCUGAAACGUGUUUUGAUAAAAACCCUUUGUAUUUUUUGAUACUGUGUACAUUUUAGUCUAGGGAAUGUUUUACAAGGUAGCCUAGCUAUAGUAUCAAUAGCAGGGGGUGGGGAGGGGCGUGUCCCUCCCAAGCCAUCACAUAUCUAUUUAAUCUGCAGUGGCAUUUGUGCCUUGCUAUAAUGUUUACUUCAAAGUAUUUCAAAUAAAACCAUCUAACAAUGAA